UUGAUUGAAUAUGCCGUCGGCGUUGGAGCAGCAAUCUCGUGCGGAGCUUGAGAAAUCGAGCAUUGUCGUUGGAUAUGACCCGCUGAACUACUCGACAUCUGCGAAGGAAAUGAACGCCAUGUCCUCGUCGCGGUAUCUCCAACACCCUGGCGACAACGACCACCGAAAGCGCAUCAAGGAAGAGCACCGCGUGCGCCACUUCGACCUGGGCGACGCUAACGAAAAGCCACUAACUUACGACACGAGCAGCAAGUUGCAGGAUCCGACGGGGGAGAUUGAAAAGUACACUGCCAAGUUGAACGUGGAUGCACGGGCGAUGCUUGUCAAGACAUCCGCUAUUGUUGGCUACGAAAAGGCGCAGUUCACAACCUCCACCAAGGCCGCCACGCAGUGGAAUCGCGACGAUAUGAAGAAGUCCAUAGCCAUGCGAGACGAAACGAGAAAGAUCACAGGGCCAAAGAAGUGCCCGUUUGUGUACGGAGACGACGACGUGGGCUACGUGUCCACCGCCAAGGGCACCAUGAACUUCGACCAGAAGGACGCCAAGGUCGCCGUUAUGGCCGCCGAUGUCAAGGACGAUCUAAGGAAAUGCCACUACAGCUUUGGCCACGACAACGUGGAUUACUCGACGUCGAGCCACAUUGCGCCCAUGUCCUCGGAGGCUUACCGCGAAGCCACAAAGAAGCACCCGCCGUUGAACGAUCCCCGAAAGGGCAGUGUCUACUUUUCAUAAAUCUAUACAAAGUGCAAUGCAAAACGAGUUUUGCCCACAAACUACA